AUGUCGGCGCAAACAGACGGCUUGCCAUCCGCCCUGAGUCGCGUGGCGUUCUUCGAGCAGAAAGCACGCGAGAUCGCCACCGACAAGACCAGUGGCGGCGGCAUCAGACCGCGCGCAGCCACCACGUCGCAGGCAUCGCAGCCUCAGCAACAACCGCAGACAACAGACAAGCAGCAGGCCACGGCAGCCACAUCAGCAACAGCCAGCACGAGCCCGGCAUCCAGACCUCGCUUCAGCACCGUGGUUGCGUCCAACCGCACUUCUUUCUCCACGGCGGUAGCAACGGCCACGCCAAGCAACACCAGCAGCGCUGCGUCCACAAGCGCCGGCAACGCAGCAUCGUCGUCGUCAUCGUCAUCAGCGACGUCUGCGGCCAUGCCAUCGUCCGCCUCAUCCGCAUCGUCGUCCUCCUCUGGUUCCACUUCGGCUGCCACGACGACUGCAGACACGAGCAGCAAGCCAAAUGCCAUGUCCAUCCAGGACAGGCUUGCUGCCUUUGGCGGCGCGCGUGUUGUGGCUGCACGCGGAUCUCUGGCUGCCAACAGCAGCAAGCCUGCGGCUCGCCACAGCUUCUCCACGGUUGUCACGCAGGCGCGCAACCCUGCGUCCCCAAAGACAGCGCCAACGUCCACGGCAGCGUCGACAGCAGCGUCGUCGCGCCCGUCGUUUGCCACAUCCGCGCCCGCACCCAAGCCAACACCAGCCAGCCAACCAAGCGGUGCCACGAGUAACAACAGCAGCAACAGUGGGAGCAGCAGCAACAACACCACCACGAGCAACGCCACCGCUGCCGCCACGACCACCAAGACAACCACGUCCACACCUGCGGGCUCAUCGCGUGUGCGAGCAUCCUUCUCCACCGUACCGCGAGCAACAGCAACGACAACGACGACGACGACAACGCCCACCAGCGCUGCUGCCGCCAAGUUUGCGAGCAAGCCUGCGGUGUCUGCGGACGUUGCACAUCUCCUCCCGAAGAAUGCGGGCAUGUAUGUGUCUGCAAAGCCGAGUGGCGGCAGCACGAGUCCCAGCCAGCGGCGUGGCACAGCGCCUGCGCGCACGCUGAAGAAGGCGAUUGGGGGCGGGUCCAACCGCUGCUCUGUGUGCGACAAGCCCGUGUAUGCGAUGGAGAAGGUGCAGGCUGACGGCGUGACAGUGCACAAGGCGUGCUUCCGCUGUGCAGAGUGCAACUGCAAGGUGUCGCCCGGGUCGUAUGCGUCGCUGGAGGGCGUCAUCUACUGCAAGCCGCACUUCAAGCAGCUGUUUCAGCUGCGCGGGCGCUACACCUUCAACGAGGAGGCGGCGCCAGAUGUGAAUGUGUAA